AACCACUGCUUAAAUUCCAGUUCUUAGAAUGGAUAGUACCAAGGAUUAUUUAGCAAAAAAACUUAAUUCUGACCACCAAGAUUUAAUUCAUGACAUUUCAUUUGAUUUAUUUGGCAAAAGAUUUGCAACGUGUUCAAGUGACCAAUGUGUACAGGUUUGGGAUUUAGAUGAAAAUGGAGAUUGGCAGAAAACUGCUUGUUGGAAGACACAUAGCGGAUCAGUAUGGAAAGUAACAUGGGCACACCCACAGUUUGGACAAGUAUUGGCUACUUGUUCGUUUGAUAAGACUGCUUGUAUAUGGGAGGAAAGAGUUGUUGAAAAUGCCUCAAACAAAGUUGAACAUAUAUGGGUAAACAAAGCAAACCUUGUUGACAGCAGAAGUUUCGUUAAAGAUGUCAAGUUUGCCCCAAAGCAUUUAGGUCUUCAACUGGCUACCUGCUCAGAGAAAGGAGUUGUUCGAAUAUAUGAAGCUCCUGAUGAGAUGAAUCUAACACAGUGGUCGAUGCAGGACCAAGUGGAAUGUAAAAUAUCAUGCUCAUGUAUUUCAUGGAACCCAUCCACGUACAGAUACCACAGCCCUAUGAUAGCAGUUGGUAGUGAUGAUUCAAAUUCUUCAAGUGGAGGAAAAGUUUUUAUUCUUCAGUAUAACGACACUGUAAGGGAUUGGAUUAAGAUUUCCACCAUAAUGAUUAUAACUGACCCAGUUAGUGACGUCUCAUUUGCUCCAAACCCUGCGUUAAAAUAUCACAGAUUAGCUGUUGCUUCAAAGGAUCUUCAUAUUUUCCAUCUUAAACCAAUGAAUGAGGACAAUGAUCCGAACUAUGACAUACAGAAUACUUCUUAUGAACAUAACUUACAAGAAGUUGCUGUACUGCCAGACCAUCGCUGUGAGGUAACUGGAUUGUCGUGGAAUGAAACCGGCACUGGACUUAUAUCUGCUGGUGUAGAUGGGCAAAUAUUCUUAUGGAAAGCAAACUACCUCGGCAUCUGGAAAAAAAUUGGUUCGCUGAAAGGUGAAAUUGCCUCGCCUGCCGAACCGCAAACGUUUCCCCAAAACAACUCCCUUACAGCAGUUGCAAUCAACAACAGAAUAAAUUUCCGAAGGUUCACUCAAGGACGACCUCCCCCUCCUGUGAGACCUCUAGCACCAAAAUUUGCGGGAGCUUAUUAUUAAAACUAUGUUUAGAACUUAUAUUGAUAUUCACUGAGCACUAAAGUUAAGUAAAAUAUGCGGCAACUUACUAAACUGCUUUGAGAUUGACAUUUUGAAAAAUGAGAUGGCAAACAUUAAAUCAAAUAUGCCGAUGCAAGUUUGCUUAUCUAGUUAUCAUUAAUUAUAAAUUUUAUUCCAAUUCUUUGCAAUGGUAUUAGAUAAAUAUUUUUACAUUGUGUACAUAUUGAUACCAUGCAGUCUAACCUAACAUAUAUAUACACAUGGCUGGAUAAGACCAUAACAUCUGGAACUAUGAGUUAAUUCCUAACAAAUCAACUAAAUUUAUCACAAUUAGAGAAUUUGUUGCAUUUACCAGAAUGCUAUUCUAGUAAACUAGUAUAUUUAUCCAGCUUCUGGGACAACAUACUGACUGAAAUUCAGUCUUCAAUAAACAUAAUCAUACACUGCAGUUAUUCUUUCUUUACUGGCAUAAUAUUGCUUAUUACUUUGCAAUCGUGUAUGUUAAUGCAUUCCUAAAAACACUAAUUUUUUUACUCUAUUCUCCCACCAAUCUUCGUACACCUGGGCGUUUGUUUAAUAAUAUAUGUGCUAAAAUAUAUGCUUAUUUAACUACUUCAACCUGCCUGUAUUUUGCUCAUUACUUGUACCGUGUAUGACUUUUAACUUGUAA